AUGGACGGGCACCCCGUCCGAUACGGCGGUGCUGGGGCGCCCGCUGCAACACAAGUCGCCCGCGAGAAGCCCGAGCCCAAUUUACCUGGCGACAAGCCCGUCGUGGUUUUGAGCUCUCUGUCCCGCUCACUCGUCGCCUCCGACUUCUACCGCUGGGCACCCCAGGGCCGUCAUGUCGCCGGCUGGGCGGGCGGCAUUUCCAAAGUUGUGCAGGCAAUCUCUCCCAUCACCAGAGAGCCGCGGGGCCAAUACUUUCUCUUCUUCGACUCGUGGGACGCCGCCCGCCGCUGCAAGGACCAGCUCACCAAAGCAUACCAGCGUACAAACACAAAUGAAUCCCCCGACCGGCCUGGGUCAUUCCCCAAGCCGGAGGCACGAACAAAGCCGAAAAGCGGGGGCUUCUCGACCUGCGCGGCCCGGUUGCGCUCGUCCAUCGACCGGGGUGAGACGAUGGUGACCGUCUUCCUCUCCUUCCUCGAUUGCUCCGGCGAGGCCUGUGGGGGCGGCUCGAAGCUUGCCCUGGACGGCGACGGGAGGGAGAACGCAGGGGACUUCAUGGGCUGCGGCGAGGUGGCCCUGCGCGGCUUCGUCUUGUCCUGCCCUUCGAGGUGCUCUAUCCUGUCGCUGAUGGUCUUGAGCCUCUCCAGUGUUGCUUGGCGCCGUUCCAACAGAGACGAUUUAGUUCCGUUCGGGUUCAGCACGCCGCUGAACAUGACACUAUACCGCUCCAGUCUGAUGUCCGGGAUGUCGAUGUUGAGUAGCCCGGUGCCGCCCGUGGAGGCGGAGGGGAUGGGUGCCGAGAUGACCGGAACAUCUGGUUGCGGAACCACGGCGUCCGCUUGGGACAUUGUCAUCGAUCUGAUGACGAUGGGCUUGUGUUUCGGCGUCUUCCUUCCGGCGACAGUGUGGCUUCUAGUGGGGGUAGAGGUCUCAUUCGAAACGGGCAGCAUGGCGGGCGGCGACAUGGCGGGGGACAUGGCCGACGAUGGAGAUGGCAUCCGCGACCUGGGGGGACUGGGCUCUGGAGCGAUGUCGUCCUUGGACAGCCUCUUGUCCAGGCUAGACUUUGCGCCGCUCGUCUUGUUGGAGCCAGGUCCUGAAGAUGUGCUGGGUCUCACCGGCAUGCUGAACGGCGUUGGGUUGUUGAGGACGCCGCCGAUGAUUCCUCCCUCCGGGAAACGUGACGGGGGGGAUGUCGGCAUUUUGAGGUGGGUGUCCGCUCCGUCUGCUGGCGUCCAGUGGAUGCAGGGUAAGAUCUGA